ACUGUCAAAUGUAGACCAGGUGAAACGUCAACAAUAUUGUUUCUGUUUAGUGUAUCGGCAGCUGUUGAAUGGACUUAUUUCAUCAAGAGGGCUCGUGAGUUUGGUGUUUUCUAUUCAAUAAAUUUUAAAUUAGUUAUAAUGUCAGAUAUUAAUGAAAUCAAGGGUGUCUUAUCAGAGUUAGACCAAGAACAUCUUCUUCAGUUUUGGGAUAGGUUAAGUCAGUCUGAUAAAGAUGAACUCUUAAGUGAUAUAAAAGAGAUAAACUUAAAAGAAGUGAUUUCAUAUUUUAAGAGAACAGCAGAUACUUUAAAUGAAAACCAGGAAAAACUAGAUGACAGAAUGAAACCUAUUCCUUCUCAUUUAUAUGGAGCUGUCUCUAGAACUUCACCUGAACAUUUACAGUCUUUUCAAACAGAGGGAUAUGUGCAAAUUUCUGAAGGAAGGGUUGGAGUUCUGCUAAUGGCAGGUGGUCAAGGAACUCGCUUAGGAUCUUCUUUACCAAAAGGUAUGUAUAAUAUUGGCCUACCAUCUAAUAAGUCCCUAUACCAAAUUCAGGCAGAACGAAUACUGAAAUUACAACAGUUAGCCUUUAGUCACACAGGUAAACAAGGAAGUAUUACAUGGAUCAUAAUGACAAGUGAAAAAACAAUGGAACCAACAAAAGAGUACUUUGAAGAAAACAAUUAUUUUGGAUUGUCUAAAACCAAUGUGAUUUUCUUUGAACAAGGACAGUUGCCUUGUUUUACAUUUGAUGGCAAAAUUAUUCUUGAAAGACCCAAUAAAAUAUCAAAGUCACCUGAUGGUAAUGGAGGUAUCUACAGAGCACUUCGUGACAAAAAGGUACUUGAUGAAAUUGAGAAACGUGGAGUUGAAUACCUACACUGUCACAGUGUUGACAACAUAUUAGUAAGAGUAGCAGAUCCUGUGUUUGUAGGUUACUGUGUAAAACGUGGGGCUGACUGUGGUGCCAAAGUUGUUCCAAAAGCAUUCCCUACAGAGGCUCUGGGUGUUAUCUGCAAUGUAGAUGACAAAUUUCAAGUUGUGGAGUACAGUGAAAUAACUCUGAAAACUGCUGAAAUGAGAAACAACGAUGGCAAGCUAACUUUUAGUGCCGGUAGCAUUUGUAACCACUUCUUCACAGCAAAAUUUUUAAGGAAAAUAAUCGGUAAAUAUGAAAACCAACUCAAAAUUCAUGUUGCAAAAAAGAAGAUCCCUUUUGUCAAUGAGAAUGGAGUUCAGUGUGUCCCUGAGAAACCUAAUGGCAUAAAAAUGGAGAAAUUUGUUUUUGAUGUGUUUCCAUUUGCUGAAAACUUGGUUGUGUGGGAAGUAAAUCGAGAAGACGAAUUCAGUGCUUUGAAAAACUCAGACUCCUCAGAGAAAGACAAUCCGUCUACAGCGAAAAGAGAUCUGUUCUCACAGCACGCCAGGUUUAUUCGGCAAGCAGGUGGUGAAAUUAUAGGGAAUCCACUCGUUUGUGAAAUAUCUCCAUUACUGUCGUAUGCUGGAGAAGGAUUGAAAUCAGUUGUGGAAGGUAAAACAUUUCAAUCUCCAUUAUUACUGAAGAGCUCAAAAGAAGAAAUUACAAAUGGUUCCAAUGGAAUUCACACGUAACAUCAGCUAAUGUCAAGAACUAGUUUAAAAUUAUCAAGUGUUAAAAUUCUAGCCGUCCACAAAAUACCAUUUGAUUUUUCAUAAAAUGUUUAUUUUUUUAUAGUUCCUAUUAAAAUAAUUUGAAAUUUCUUGAUCGAAUGUCAUACUAAUUAUUGCACCUCAAAGACUUAAUUGAAUGAGUCAAUGUAAAUAAAUAGGUAUUGCUUAAAAAGACAAUAACUAUUACCUACUUGAAGUAGGCUGACCAUAAUUAUUUGUUUUUAAUUUAAUGUAAUUAAAGAUUAAUUUUUAAAAUAAUUUCCUAUACGGAAUGAUGUAUGUAAUAUUUUUUAACACAGUAUAUGUACAUGUUUGCCAGAGAUGAUUAUAGUAUAUUUUAAAUUUAUAUUUUUCUUUCUCAUCAUUGAUUACAUAUAUACUGUAUUUGUAUUUUUAAUUUGUUAAUAGAUCUGUAGUGACAUCUGUCCACUAUCUGAUUAUAAUAAAAAAUGUCACAAGUGCUUCAUAACAAAAAUUUAUAAUAUAACAAAUAUAGGCUAAGUGUCACAUACUGUAUUGCUCACAAAAUGUAUGAAGGUUUAUCCUUUAAGAAAAAGCUUUAGCGUUUGUAACUUUUAAGAUAGGUUAUCAUUCAACUAAGACAGUUUAAUAGAAAAUUCAAUUAUGGUUUGUUAAUGUUGAAAAUAUUAUUAACAUGCUUGAAUGCUUAACACAUGUGGUUGAAUAACACAACUAACUUAAUUAAUACCGUGGAUAUGGUUUUAAUAAUUAAUUUACUCAUACUUUAUAGAUACUAAAUUUCACUGAUUCUGUAUUUACUUUUUUUAAUGAUUGUAAAUAAAACAUAGGUUUGAUCUAAAUAUAAUAUAUGGUUGUCAUAAAUCACUUUGUAAAAGAUGCCAUUAUAUCCAUUACCAAGAUGUCUUUAAAUGCUUUUUUAGCAAAAAGACAUAAUACAGGCUGUAUUAUCAAGGCUUGGUUAUCAAUUUACUUUAAAAUAUUUCAAGAAGUACUUUUCACUUUUAAUUUUAGUUAAAAUUUCUGCACAGGAUUGAGAAAUUCAAUGUCACUUUACUUUUUAAUUUAACUGUUAAUGGUUGUUAUUAGACAAAAUCCUUAAAAUUCAUUCUUGAUGCUCAUAAUUAAAACAGAGACCCCAAGUUUAGUGUUUUAGUAUUGAAACUUUGUCAUAAAAAGUCAAACAAAUGGAAAGUUCCAGAAUGAUAAAUAAAAAAUUGAUCAUAUCUUUUGUCAUACAAGGUAGUAUUACUUAUGAAACAUUCACAAAAUAAAAAUAGUGCAUUUGAUUUGUUAAUAUUUAGUAAUGUUUACAUUUUGUUAUUUAAAAAUGUAAUGUGUUUCUUGGUGAAAAUUUAUAUAUUACUGGUAAUGUGGUUUAAAUUCAGUAUUGGAUUAGGUAAAUUCUGUAUAUAUUUUUUUUCUUAUUCCACAUUAUUUUUUCACAUCAAGUGAGUAGAAAUAGAGUUGUUAUUGAUUUUUUGUUUGUAAAUUCUGUACAAAUGCUUUAAUAUUCAAUUUAUUAGCUUCUUUAACAAUGAAAAAGACAAGAACUAUCUGUUACGUAGCAAUUUAUAAGUAAAAUUAAAACAUAAAAGUUAAUGGGGAGUGCAGUCUCUGUCCAUUUUAUCUUUCACAGAAUAAAUUUUCCCUUUUAGUUAGACAUAAAUUUCAGCUUCUCUAUCAAACUUAGACUUGUUGAUCUGCAUGAAGACAUUUUCAUAAUGAGAUACACUAUAAAAUAAUUAAUUAAAAUAAUACUAGUGGAUAUACAAAGCACAAUAAUUAUCGAUCAUUAAAUUAUGAAAUAUAAGAUUGAAUAUGUUAAAAGAUCAGAAAUCAUACAAUUCUAUUUAUCACUAGUGAUCUCACGAAAGAUGUACUUACUUGACAAAUGAGAGAAGUAAAUUCUCAAAACUUACGCUAAGGCAUCAUAAGAUUAAUCAUUACUUAUCUAAAAUUAAAGCUCAACAUUUGUGUCCAAUGUGUUUAAAAUUUCCAAAAUUUUACUUCAAAUAUUUUUGGAGAGAAUGAAAAAAGAGUCUUUUUUAUAGUUAAUUAAUAUAUUUUAAGAAAAACUGUAGGCAUUUUAAUUCUUUUCAAAAUAUAAUUGUUUAAAUGUUUUAUAAUUUGUAUGAUAAGUAAACUUUUAUACAAAUAUUUCAUUGUAACCAUGUUUAUAUUUUAAAAUUAACGACAUUUUUCAGUUUAAAAAUCACUUUUAUCAUGAACAUGAACUUAAAUGUUGUACAUAAUUAAAAUACCCUACUGUGUACUAAAUAUUAUUAUUUUACAUUUUCACCCUUGUGCAAUAUUGAUCAAACUGUAUAGUUCUCAUAAAUGUUAUACAUAUGUUGACAAUGUGCAAUAAAUAUCCUAAUUUAUUUUGAUAGUGUCUCAAAAAAUGUAAUACACCCAUAGAACAGUUCCACUAACUGAUACAGAUGCAGAAUCCAGUUAGGAUUUUGGUGGAAAUCUAGAAUGUUAACUGAAGGAGAAACAUCACAUUGUAUUUACAUAAUUUGAGGCACUCUGUAUUAUUUUAUAAUGUAACACUUUACUGUGCUUUAGAACUGUGAUAUUUUGAAUGUUGGUGUGCUCGCAUGUGUGUUUUAUUAUAAAAUAUAUUUUUGCCACUUGUUUUCAAUAUAAGUUUUAUUGUUAACACAAUUACUUUAGUCUAAUACAGAUUAUUACACUUUGAAUCAAGUUUACAUUAAUUAGAAGAUCUUUUGUAGUUGUGCAAAUAAAUUAUUUUAUUUUUUCAGCAAUUUGGCAUAAUAUAGAAAAUACUCAGAUCCUUUGAAGAUACUAUCAUAUUAUUAUACAAGAGAAAUAAAAGAAUCAUAGUACAAAUACAUUAAUUAAUUUUUAAUCAAUAACAUGUUCUAUUAAUAAACAAUCCUAUAAAACGUGUUUAUUCUUGUUGAAUCAAUUUAAAAAUCAAUAUAUGUAUAAUUAUUUCAUUUUGUUACACUCUUUCUAGACUAGGAUCAGACAUUUUAGAUAUUAAAAUACAGGAGGACAGUUAUAUUAUUUCAGGAUUUACCUUGAAGAAAAUUCUUCUUUAUACAACCUCUUAGAAUAUUAAACAGUUACGACUUUGUUUUUUUUUUGUAAUCUCUCCUUAGCAAAGAAUUUCUCUAUAGUUUUAGGAGAGUCAUUUUUAAUAUCUUUGUUUUAUUUUAGUAUUUAUUUUCUACAGAAAUGUGAUAAAAAAAUUAAUAAGUACAUGAUAUCUGUUAAUAAAAUUAAACUGUAGUUUGUUCAUAAAAAUUUCCUUUUUUAUUUAAUUUACUUUAUUCCAUUUUACUGAACCUGUAUAUUAAAUUAAACCUGCAGAUUUUAAUAAAUCUGUGUUCUGAUUAUUUGUGAGUCCAGUUUACUCUUAUUGUAUUGAUAAUUUGGGAUUAAAUUAAAUAACAUAAUAUUUUGUAACAAUAUGAUUAUGUUGAUGAUAUGAAAUUAUUAAGGCACAACAUUAAAUACUGUAGUUUUAAUCAGUUACUAUGGUCUUAAAUUGUGAUGUGAAUAUUAUAGUUUUAUGUCAUUUUUUGUAUAUGUUCAUUAGUAUUAUAAGUGUUUGAAAUGGGUAAGGAAAUAUUAUAUAUGGUGUAAGAAUUUUGACAUUAUUUAUAAAUAUUGCUCUUAGCUUUUGCGUAUUGUUGUUGUAUUUCAGGGGCCUUUAAAUUGUAAGAUGUUUUAUUCCUGGUGUAUAUACUGCUUUCUUUAUUUUGUAAUGCAUUAAAUAAUUUUAUAUAUAUUUAGUAUGCUUUUGGUGGAAGAUGAAUAUUAAAGCUCCAUUACCGUAAUAUUAGUAAGCAGAUUAAGUAAUAAACUACAUAUUCUGAAAACGUGUAUGAUUUGACGCAAUAUAUUUCAAGGCUUUAUGUACUUGGCAAUUAAGCCGAUUAUACUUUGAAAAUAGGCCUAAUUAUCAAAUUAAUAAUUCCAAUCCUUGAAACGUUGUGUUAUACCUUUUGUAACAUAUAACGAUGGCAAAUGUCCGAAUUCCUGUUAUCCUGUCAAACCUUCCAUCGUCAAUAACAAACUUUAAACAAAUAAUAAUAUUAAUAGUAUCCCAAUACAUGGUUAUUUGCAACUCCUUCUGUAAUAGCCCAUAUUUCGAAUUUCAGCGCUAAAAUUAAAUAGAGGAAACUGUUCUUGAAUAUUAAAAAUUAGUAAAAGGAUUUUUUGGUAAAUCAACAAAUAUGUCAGAAAUAAUUUGAAAGGUUAGGUGUGCAAAAUUAAUUGUGUUCUUUAUCAUUUCAACUCUAAAAGGUUGUUCUUGUACACAUUUACAAAGUAUACAGAUCGAUCGUGUUGAAUUCGUAUUUAUAUUUUAUUACUCUUAUCAUCACGCUGUAUUUGAGUAACAACAUAGUGUUCAAACAUUACACAUAUUUCCCCAUUUUUUAAAGUACAGUACAGUAAAACCUGUCUUAUCUGGCCUAGUGACAAAACAAAACGAUAAAACAUAAGUAUGUAAGCUUUGCGAGUACGGAAAACUACACAGGUUAGAGUUAGGCGGUAUACAACGUAUUAGUGUCGGUAACAUCAUUAUUCAGUGGUGACCUGUUAUCAGGAUAACGUGUUACCUGUAACACCCUGUUAUUUCAGUAAUAGGUGGGCUAAAUGAUUUACCGUUCUCAUAACGUAUUUCUGGUAUUAGGUUACCCAGUAACCGUUACGGAGUAACAGCCGAGUUUAUUAUCGUGCAAGCAAUGAGGAUAGGAACGGACCAGUUCUGGUAACACUUUUCUGGUAUUACGUUACUGAUAAACCAGUAACGUAAUGGAGUGAACUGGAUGGUAGGGGAGGGACAAGGAAUAAAAUAUCAGAUUGACAUAUUAACAAUAAUUGACAAUAAUAAUGAAAAGAAUAUAUUUAUCACAAUAGAAACGUAGACUUGUUUCGGCAAAAAUGUGAACAAACCCAACUUAUUCAUCAUUCAAUUGUUUAUUAUCAUUAAUUAUAAGUAGUCUAUUUAAAAGUAGUCUACUAAUCUAAAUAUUACAUUGUAGUGAGUUAAUUAAGUUUUUUUAAUACUAAACAAUAAUUGUAUUGUGCAGUGAACAAUUUGAAUAACCGGUUUAUUAUUAGUAUGUUUCAAAGUAGUCUAAUAGUCUAAAAUUACAUUUUACUAACUUAGUUCAAUUUUCGUAUACUGUCUAAAUAUCCCCUGACUCAGUUUACUUGCAACUUUAACGUCAGUUCAGUAACAUCAGUAACAGCAUGGUGCUAAUACAGUUCCAGCGCAGUAAUGAACGUCUUCGUGACUGCAUAGUGCCACAAUAAAGUAUACCACGACACAGGUAGUUCACUUGCUUACAUUCUUCAUAUGACAAGUACGUAUCCAGCUCUAAUAAUAGCCAGCCUAAGCCGUUCUUGCCACAUUAGACCAAAUAUGACAGAAUUUACUGUAUAGAAAUAGUUUAGUUGAGUACUGAUUAGUAAAUGGCAUUCAAAACAAUUAGCUGCAGCAAAUUAUCUAAAGUUGUCUCACUUUUCAAAUUAUAUUACAAAACUUCCAAUAAGGUACAAGAUAUAAAUUUUUAAUGGGGUUUUACUAUGAUUUUUGUGUGUAAAAUAAGUGUUUGAUUUCUUUUAAAAUUAAGCUUUAAAUAAAAAUCUGUAUAAGAUGUGUUUAAUGUUACCAAUUUGUAAUACUCAUAGUUUUAAACCAUGUAUAUACAGUAAUAUAAGUUAGUUAGUAAUUUUUAUACUGGAAUAAAGUUCAUACUGAUGAAUGGA